AACAUAUCACAUUUUUUUAAAUUCGUAGCAGAUCAAAGUAGGGGAUCAGAAUAACUAAAAAUAACAAAAUAAAAUAAAAAAUCUUUCUUCUAGUGGUAUGUUUUUUUACAAAUAAUUUCUGAUAUUUGAAAUUAUUGUUUCAAUAAUUUUCGGUUAUAAAACUUAGCAAGCCUUUGAUAUUAUAGUACCUAUCAACCAAUCCCAGCAAUUAUUUUGACAAGAGUUCAGCCUUUCAGCGUCACUUUAACGGCGUCGCUUGAGUUCAAUUACGAAAUACCAAACACUUUAAUACGGAGAGUAUUUGAAUGCUGUGAAGUACUUUAUAUUAUCUUUUAAUAUAAAUCAAGAAUGGUGGGUAAAGGAAAGACUGCUGUAAAACCUGUUGCAGAUAAAAUGCCGACAGAGUCAACUAUAAAAAAUAGUUCCAAUCGCAGUAAAAGCCCCAAUAAACCAAAAAGUCCAGGGAGAAGAAAAAGUACUGAAAGAAAUAAAAGUCCCACUCUAAGAAGGAGUCCAGGAAGGGCGAAAAGUACUGAAAGAACAAAAAGUCCAGCUAGACAAAAGAAUCCAUCCAGAUCAAGUCCUGCUAGAACUAAUUCGGAGACCAUACCUAGACCUCCUACACCAACUAGAACUAGAGUAAGAAGCCCAGCAAGAGUUAAAAGUACUUCAGUACCCAAAACUUCAACACCAAUUCAAACAGCAGUAAAGAGUUCAACAAAAAACAUAGAAUUACAAACAGAUAAAGAAAAAGGAACUGAAGAUGUUCGACCAAAAAAACAGAAGAUCAUUAUUGAUACAGACACCGAUUCAGACAAUGCUAGUGUCCCUGAAAUUAAAGAAAAGCCAAAAGCUGCGGUUCGUGGUAGAACUAGACGUAUUGAUAUAGAAAGUACAGCAGUUGAGGAUGUGAAAAAAUCCAGUAAUUCAGAGUCUAUUGAUGCCCUUAGCACUAUUCGCCGAUUUACUAGAUCAUCACAAAACAGAGAAAUUGAGAAGGUGAUGCACCUCAAACAUUUCGAUUCUCUAACUGUCAUCAAACGUUUGGGUGAAUUUUCUGAUGAGGAUGAACUGAAUGAGAAAAAAUCUCAAAGAGAAUUGAAGGAAUAUGCAGGAAAUAAAAAAUUCGACGAAUGUGGAGGAUUAUAUGGUGCCUUAUUUUUAAUCCCGGCAGUACCGUUGAGUCUGAUAAUGUUGUACACUUUUUGUACUCAGGCUGAUUGUUCUUUUUCCAAUCUAUCAAAAUUGAAUGGUUUGAAAUCUUACACGACUUAUUUUGAUGCUAAAUCAUAUCUUGGAAUUGUAGCUUAUUUUACACUGCUGGCUAUUUUAACAGCUAUACCAGCUGGUGGUGUCAAAGUAAAUGGACCGCCAAAUAAAAGUGGCAAAUUCGAAUACCGCUUGAAUGGAUUACUUAGCUGCUUAACAUUACUUAUCAUAUCAGCUGCAUUACUAUUUAAAAAAAUUGAUGUUGCUAAUUAUUUGGUUAACCAUGUUUCUCAGUUUUUAGUUGGUUCUAUUAUUCUUGGUAUUGGCGCUUCUGUUUUAGCCUAUAUUAGAAGUUUUUAUGUUCCAGUUAGUGCUCUCAAUUCAUUUGCAGUUGGAAAAAAUGGAUUGUAUGGUUUUUUUAUCGGCAGAGAAAUAAAUCCUAGAUUAUUUUCUAUUGUUGAUUUGAAAUUGUUAUUCUUCAGAGCAUCUAUUAUUGGUACGGUACUUCUUGAUCUAGCAUUUGUCUACAAUAAUCUCGAUCCUCAGUAUAGAAUUGUAAAUUCGGAGAGUACUUUUACAAUCACUCCAAAACUUUCAUCUAUUCAACCAACUUUACUUAUUUUCACUAUUCUACACGUCUAUUAUUUUUUGGAUUCCCUAAUCUUUGAAUCCUCGUGGUUGACUUCUUUCACUCAUCAACAAGAAGGUUUUGGAUAUUUAUUGGUACUGUCUUACUGCAUCUCUCCAUUCUUAAAUGCUUUAUUGAUUAAAUAUGUGGUGGAGAACAACGUGGAACUUGCCUGGUGGAAGCUAUUGUUGUCUCUUGUGGUAUAUGCUGCUGGAUUAUUCUUGUAUAGAAAAAGCAAUAAUCAAAAAGAUGCCUUCAGGAAAAAUCCUUAUAGUCCUUUCAUAGCAAAUUUGGAAACGAUACCAACAACCCAAGGAAAAAAGUUAUUGGCAUCAGGUUUAUGGGGUAUCGUCAGACAUCCAAAUUAUUUGGGUGAUAUAAUCAUGCAUAUUUCUUGGUUACCUUUUGUUUUUUCAUUAUUACCAUCGCUUCCCAUAAUAUUGACGAUAUUGAUUUUGGUUCAUCGUUCACUAAGAGAUAACCACCAUUGCAAACAGAAGUAUGGAGCUGCGUGGGAUAGAUAUCGCAACAAAGUUAGAUACUUGUUGUUGCCAAAAGUUUAUUAAGAAAGUUGAAUGUGCUGUUGUCAUUUUUGAUAUAUAAUUAUUAGAAAAUAUGCACCUAUAAGUAAAUGGAAUAUUUUUGAUAAAAUCAUAUCAUAUGUGCAUGUCAUUUUUUAAGAUUGUAGAUCUUUUCAUAUUCCAUUUAUAUUAUAAAAAAUAUUUUUAUAUUUUCGGACAUAUCUAUGUAAAUUACAAAAAUGUACAAUUCAAAAAUUUCAAUUAUGACACUAGAAAAAAAUUAUCAACAAUUGUUAGAUAAGCAAAAAAGCUCUCUUUGAUAAAUUAUUAAGUAAUUAUGGCGAUAUGACAAUGGUUAAUUUCUCUAUCGCUCUAGAGAUCACAUUUUAAUAAAUGACGUUAAAUUUUAGCUUUUAACAAUUAGAAGUGAUCCCUCUAGUGUUUUUUUAACCCAAAUAAGAUACAAUCCAAUUAAACUAUCAUUCAAAAUCUUAUGGCUAUUUAAAGUAUUUGGACAUUUGGUAAUAAAAUGUAUAUAUAUUUUUUAUUCUUUAUUACAAAUUAUCAAAGAAUUAUUUCAGAAUUUAUAAUAAUAAAACUCAUAUAUUGCGUGCUAGGAUUUCUUAGAAUCUUUUGACAAUCACUUUUAGAUACUUCCUUAAUUUAUAAUGACCAGCUAGAGUCGUUUUCAAUAGCAAAUCUCAUUCAAAAUUAGAGAUGUAUCGGAUGUAAUUUACCUGAUUAUACCUUAUUUAGUCAACUACUAUAUUGUAUCUUAUACAUGCUUUUUUUCAUUAAUACUUUUUAAACAAAAUUUACUGUAAUGCAUUGUUGCAAUUAAGUCAACGUUAUACAAACUGCUCUACAAAAGUUUAGAAAGUUCAUAAUUCUGUAAUUGUGUUUAUAAAAUUACGAUUUUUGUCUAACAUGUGUUUAUAAAUGUUAAUGUGUGUUACAAAAUGCAAAAAUGCAAGAGUUCUUACAGGCAAAACUUUUUGACACAACGCUUCAAAUUUUUAAUAUCAUUGAUACUAAUUUCAAUAAUUAUACUACUUUUACCUAUCUUACCCCAAACCAUGCAUCAUGUUUUCUAUUUCUGCAUUUGUAUUAGAUUCCAAAGGCACUUUAUAUUUCAGAAUGCUCCAAUUAAUGUUAUUAAUGAAUCAUGUAUCUACUCAAAUCUUGGUAUAUCAAUAUUUUCAAUUAUAGAAAAUAAAAGUAGCCUUAACCAAUUUGUUUUGGUAAGAGCUGUUUUAAGUAUCUGUGGGAUGGUCCCAAGCAUGUUCAAAGAGUCUUUGCCUACUAUUGCACGCUAUGAUUGAGCAUUAUCGUUUAAACAGAGGAAAGUUAGUCCAACAACAGUGUGAAAUAAAUGCUUAACAUGUACGGAAACCGACCAGUCAUGUUUCCAUCAAGCACCAACAAUUCUGUGAGAUUCCUUAAACAGCAACUAUACAAUAUCUAAACUGUGGACAGGACCUCAAUUCAACAUACAAAUUCACAUGUUCAUUAGCCCAUCAAUUUAUGUAGAAAAAACUCUUCUCAAUUGUCAUCGUGAUCAUAAGUUAACUGUAUGUAGUAUUAGACACACUGUUUUUAUCGAAACCAAGUCGCCAGAAGCAUUCGAAAAUGCUGUUGCAUGAUCUGAAACUAAUCAAUGGUCUCUUGCGGGUAGAUAAUCAUAAAACGAUCUUGGGUGAGGGCGGCAACUCUUGGUUGUUCACUUUUAUGUUUUUCUGUCACAACUUCAAUGGAUUUAUGUCUACAGAGAAACUGUUAAAUGAUACUUUCAGUGACUCUGUAAUUUCUUUAUGAAGAGUACCUAGCCCAAUCAUAAUAAUAGUAAGUUUACAUCCAGGUAUAGUCCAAAACCAAAACCUAAAUUUCAAAUCGCAGUUUACGGAAUAAAUGAAAGUAAAACCAAUAAAUGCUAUACAAGUCUUGAAAACACAAAAACUAGUCAUAUAAGCAACUGAAACGUUGAAUGAAUACGCAAAUUGAUUAUUUUCAAUAUAAAUCCAAUAUUUAUGAACUUCCUUGACUCCUGUAGAGAUUAUUUUUUAAACUGGUAUUUCCAUCAAUUUAUUUGAAAUAUGAAAAUAGGUAUUUUUUUUAAAUUCGCGAAUCUAGUGAGGUUUUGAAUUAUUGUUUAAUCGCAUUUUUUAUUAAAAUUACGAGGUCCAAAAUAUAUGCAUUCUAAAGUAUGACAAUAAUUUCAAAUUUUUAACAACAGCGUAAUUUUUGGACAUAAUUAUAUUAUAUGUUUCUAAGAAAAUAUAUUGUUUUGUAUUAACAUUUAAAGAUGAUUUGUACAUUUUAACGUGUAAAUGUUAUGUAUAGGGUGAUUUUCAAAAUCUAAUCAACUCGAUUUACAUCACUAUGAUUAUGUUUAUCCAAACGAUUUUUUAAUACCUAGUUUUUAUUGUAUUCAGUUGAUAUGAUGCUGAAUCACCUGUUUAUUUUAUUUGAAAAGAGCAUUUUGAGUACAAUUUUUUCUCAUCUUUUCAUGUUCAUCUAUUAAAUCUGAAGUGGACUUACUUUUUUCUCUCUUUCUUUCUUUAUAUUAUUAAGAUUAAUACCGCUAGGAUUGUUUUAUCUUAUAUAUUUAUAUAGUUUAGAUAUAAAAUUAAAGAAAUUUCUAUUUUAAUAUAGUUUUAAUAGAUUAAUCUCAAAGAUAAAGUUUAUUGAUUUUAAUUUAGAUAUUUAUGAUUGUGUAAUAUUUACACAGAGUAAUUGUGUUUAUAUAUGUUGCAAUGUAAAAUAUACAUUGUGUAUCACGACUACAACCCAUUAUAGCCCGGAAAAAAAUUAUUGGUGGUCAAUUGGUCCUUUAAAAAUUCAUUGUUAUCACUGUUCUUUUAAAUCCUGUUUUAAAUUUAUUAGUUAUUAAAAUAUAACGCAAUGGACACAUUUCUAAAACUGGAUGAUAUUUUCUAUUUUUUUUAUAUUAAAUCCACAUAUUUUGUUUAGGCAUUUGCCAUUUGCUUUUUUAGCUCUCAAUGCAUUAUUUUCUUUUUAUCUAUAUUUAAAUUUAGACAUUUACCAUUUGCUUUUUUUUAGUUCCUAUUGCAUUAUUUUAACUAUAUUGAAAUUCUACGUUUUGUUUAAGAUUGUGACAAUUAGCGCAAUUUUCUCCAUCCACAUCUUUUCAUCCAAUUGCAGAAUUUUAAAGAAUUCAAACUAGUUUCAAGGAGGUGAAAUUUUGUCUCCUACAAGUUUCUUAUUAAUGUAUUUUUUCUGUCUACUUUAUAGGGUGAGGUAUUCUGGAACCAGGUGAACUGAAGUUUAUUUCUGCUUCCUGUAUCUACAUAUCUACGUUAUUGCUUAUAUCCCAAUACUUUUAGAAUACGAUGGUAAAAAAGUUCUAUAUAAUACAUACCGAUUACAAAGCAUUCUUUAAGAAGAGAAUCCAAGAAAAAUGGCAAGGAAUAGCAAAUCAGAACCAACACGAACCUUAACGAAACCGUUAAAAAUUAUCCCGAUUAUAACUCCAACAAUAUAAAUAGAAGUGAACAAGUGAUCCUCUCCCUCUAAGAAUCGGACAUACUCGUAUCACUCAUGACGACCUACGAGCGGGAAAAUGACAAACCAAUGUGCGGGAUGUGCAAUAGUGAGUGUGAAACACCUCUUAAUUGACUUAAAAAUAUGACAACGAACGAAAAAUGAAUCAACUACCACUUUCACUGGAAAAGCUACUUCAAAUAGACUCAACUUAUGAACGACCUGAAAGACUACAAACUAAGUAAUCAAACCUAGAUUUAACGAUCGUAUGUUUCAAAUCUCGCUAAUAACCCUGCGUGGUUGAUGUGUAAAAAAAUUUCUCAACGUUGAAGUUUUACAGUGAUCCUGCUAGAGUACAUCUAUUCUGAAAUUAUUUCUGAUAAAAGCACAUUCCUACAUGAGAGAAAAGCUUCCUAGGCAAGUGUAUUCGUCUCUUCAUUUUCUUUAAUAACUUUAUAACGACCAGUAGCUCAGACUAAAGAGAUUCGUUAUUUUUUCUAAUUUCCUCGAGCUUUCUUCAGUUUUGAGUCGAUUACAUGGGAGUUUUUUUAAUAAUUACUUGACUAUCAGAAUCAAUCGCUAUAUCACAUUACUGAGAGUUGGUAUCAGAACCAAAACUUUACUACUACUAUUUAAUUGUAUUUCUUUUUGAAAGUUUGGGUGACGUAUUCCCUUCUUAUUUUAUAUUGUUUCUGUUUUGAAUAUAUUAAUGUUUAUCAAAAAAUGUAUUCUCUUGGAAUAUUGAAAUGCAACACUUAAAAUAUUAUUAGUCAAUUUCUUGUCGCUUUUGGUGAAUUAGAAAUAAGCUUACAUUACCACAUAACUUCAUUCUCACUUUGAACAAUAGUUUGUUGAUAGUUUCAGGAUCACAUUUCAAAAAUCCAUGUUUCUUCUUAGACUGUGAUCGAACAUAGAAAAUAUGGUCAAUUUUGGAUCACUGUUGAACUUAUAACUACUAUUUUCAAAUCGUGUACCAGAAUCUCUCACCUUCAUAAACUUAGCUCUCCUUAUAUUAUAGUUUCUUUAUAUUUAUACAAAAUAACUACAAAAACGGCUAUUAGAACAAACAAAUAAUUAGCACGAAUUUAAUUGUGUCGAAAUAAGAAAAUGUACAUUUGUUACUUUUAAUAGACAGCGUUACGGUGAUGAAAAGUAAAUUAAAUCUUAAUUUUGAUAUAUAGAUAAACAAUAUUUAUGGAUAAUAAUAUAAAUUAAUGCAAUUUUAUUUUUCAAGGACAACUAAGGGCAUAUGGUUGUAAUACACCCUGUAUAUGAACGAUGUAAAGUUAAGGUACAGAUAAUCUUGCUCAUAAAAUAUGCUUAAAAAUACAUUUUCUUGUGCUUAGUGCGGUCAGAUAUAUGUCAUUUAAUUGCUCAUCUGUUAGUAUUCCAGUACAAAGGGUAGAAAAAUGGUAAACAAGUUAUCCUCUUCACAGAAUUGAAUAUAUAAUUAUUUUGUUUGCUAUACAAUGUGUCCAAGAACUUCUGUUAUCAAGAAAGAAAAUAACAGUUUUAGGCCCGUGAUUGGUUAACUGAACGAGAAUAAGUACUACAUUUGCUAUAUUAGCAUACUUAAUAAGCAAACCCGUUCAGAAGCGUAUUCAAAGAAUGCCUAGAAAUCGCACGACAGUCAAUUGCUUUUUUUGCUAGAUUUGAGCAUGUCUAUUUGUACCUUUGGUUUCCUAACUUUUUGGUAUGCAUAAAUUUGGUUACAGAAUUUAAGAAAUAGUGCCUCAAUUAGCAGUAGUACAUAAGAUCCGUUCAAAUGUAUGCACCAAUAUAUUACUGUUCCAAUUAAGAAAAUUAUUCACUAUCACUCCUGCAGAAUACAAUCAAGGGUUAUUGCGGAUUCAGUUUUUUUAAUGCGUCAAAAGGUGCUAAUAUCAAUAAAUUACUUCAUCCUUCGUUUUAUAUUGAUUUAUGAAAAGAAACAUUGGAUUUGCUUGUACGAAAAGGGAUCUAAGUUCGUAGAACUUUUCUUUUUAGUAUAUUUGAAAACUCUUUGUUGGAUAGCCAGUUUAUUUAAUUUUACGGAAUAGUAUUGUGAGUCGAAAGAUUUUCAGCUCCUCAACUAAAUUGGAGCUGUGCUAUCGUUAACUGUUUUGUCUUAUCAGAUCCUUCCGGUUGAUGUAAGCAAAUAUAGGACUUUUUGAAGCAAAUUCUUCAAAGGGAAAUCUUUCCGUCCCGUCAUAAUGUCAUGCUUUACAAUAGGUAAGGAAUGUCCAGAUGUCACACCAAAUACAAGAGCUCCUAAAUACCUAACAGUGGUUAUGAGUGAAAUUCUUAACUGUUAUUUGAUUUGAUUCAGAAUUUAUGUCUGCAUUGAUGGCCUUCAACUUUCUCUCUGGACAUGUUUUUUCCAUAAAAACUUUGGCUUCCAUCUCUCUACCUAAGUUAGAUUAUCCUCUAUUUUAUAUAAUGCUGCAUUUUUUUUCUCUUUUUCAUAGCAGGUAUUCAAUAUUUUUCAAUAUAUUCAAUUAAUGAUAUAAUAAAUUUACUUAUUGUCUCCACUGGUUUGUCUAAUUCUUUAUAAUCUAGUCUCUUUAACUUUUACUUUAUUUAUAUGAUCCAUUUUCUUGCAGAUAUUCAUAAUCUAUUUUAGUAAAUCUUUUACCUCAAAAGUAGUAUUUCAUUUUUAUAAACAAGGCCUCUUGUAAUUGUUUGAUUCUUGUAUGAUUUUCUCAUAAGGGCCCAACACAUUUACACAAUAUUUUCCACUAUUCCGGUAGAAUAGUUGGUAUGUCAUUGCAAUUAGUUGCUAAUUUUUAAACUUUCGUAGUAUAUAAAAAAGUCUGUUCUACUUUUGUAAUAGUAUUGAAAAACAUUAUUUAUGUUGAUUAAGGUGUUUAUGCUAUUAUUGAAUGAAUGUGUUUUUUUUCAUUUCAGUCCUAUGAUACUUUGAUCCGAUUCUAAUCCAUUCCCAACAUAUGAUUGUGCAAUUUGAUCUUGGUAUUGAGAUAUUACCAUGAAUUUUUCUGCAAUAAUAUUUUUAGUGAUAAUCGAAAAUUUCGCUUUAUAGUCAUACUGAAAAUUUUUAGAUAUUCAAACACUAAAAGUUUAUUAGGAUGCAUUGUUUUCAAUAUAUCCUCCUUUAAACUUUAUACAUUUGUUUAUAAAAUUUAUCAAAACCUGAACAGGAUUGUUAUAUUGAAUUUCCUCUUAAUAAAUAGACAAUGCUUCAUUUUAGUUGUUAAAUUGUCGAUUAUGUAUCUUACCCAUGACGAUUGGAAUCACUUGGAAACAGAUCUGGAGAAUAGACAUGAAAGAUAACAAUUUAACUCCUGUCUUGGCGAAAAAAUCUUCUUGCAACAAUGUGAGGUGGAGUAUUGUCAUGAUGCCAGUCCAUAAAAGACGAAUCUGUUUGGGAUGUAAUUUCUUAAUUUCAUUGAAAACCCUUGGUACACAUUUUAUGAUAUUCCAGUCAACAUUUACUUUGAUUAUUUAGUGCAAUUGUUUUUAUAUAGUCGUAUAAUAGAAUUUCACCCAAUCCACUCUAAUUUGUUCAUGUGCAUCAGUUAACUAAUGAACCAGUCACCUUGCAACAUUGCUAAUAUCUAAGAAUUUACUGAGGAUCCAAUCUCUAAAGUAUUCUCGAUUUCGACGUAGCUUUCUGGAGUAACCACAAAGGAAGGUCAGUAAAUAAGUCAGAUCAGAUGAUGAAAAAGAAUAUUCUCUAAUGGGAAAUACCAUGUUAAUUUCUUUAAUAUGCGCUGGUGCAUUCUUAUCUAUAAAAUCAAUACACAUUGGCAACAAUUGUCAAGUUCCUAUUCUGUCUUUCACAGCUGUCGGUACUUAAUCUUAUUUUAAUACAUUGAGAUAAAUCAUUAAGACUCUUUUUAGGCCAUAAAAAACUGCUGAGGCAACUUUAAUUGAAUCCAUGUGAAAUUUAUGCUCCAUCCAGGUGUAGAUAAAUAUAUUUUCUUGAAGAUGGUAGUUGAUAGAUAGAUCUUGCACUUUUGGAUUCAUUAAAUUUUUUUGGCAGUCAAAUGAUAAAACAAUCAUUUCUGGCUUUUUUGUCUUAUAAACAUUUUUUCUUCACUUUAAAGUUGACUGCGUUUAUUAUUAUCCUUUUCUUGUUUCAUUUUCCUUUCAGCAUAAAAUGGCUUUUGUUUCGAUCCACCUAGAUUUUCUUUCGCGGUCAAGCCCGUACGUGAAAAGUUGCAUUCAAUUCUUUGUAUGCGAUCCUUUGAAACUUAAAGAAUAUUUAUUUUGACAUACAUGUACUUUGAAUUCUCUUGUACCGCUUAUUUUUACUAAGUACUUAAUAGCUAAUCGUUUUUCUGGAUGAAUUUCCUUUUUCUUCCUUUGGAUUUUGAAGCAUUGCCAACUGAUAUUUAAAUAUUUCCAAAUGGAGCUGUCUUAUUUAAUUCACUAUUUACACCAACACUCACAAUUACACUGUCCUCAGAUACAGUUUACCUUCAGUCUUUGAAGACGAUAACUUGGUUAUAGAAACUCGCGUUAGACAGUGUAAUUGUGAGUGUUGGUGUAGUGGUAGUGUAAACAGUGUGUUUGGUAUGAAUAUAACCAACGGUUCCAGAAACUCCAACUUAUUUGGAGCUGUCUUGUUCUGUCUUGGUAUUCAAAGAACAAAAAAUAGUCUAAGUCCACUAACAGCGAUAGGUUUUCUUUGUUGAAUGUUCGCUUUUUGGGAAAACAUAUGACUGCUUUGUUGCAUAAUUACAAAAAAUAUCGAGAAGAAUAUAACCAAUAACAUCUUAACUGCAAAUAUGUCUGGAUUACCUUUUAAGUUUGUUGAUAUUUUUUUCCAUUUACUAGGAUCUCUGGGAGGUCGUCUUCCUUUUCCUUGCCGGGCAGGUAAACAAAAAGAUUCCUUUUUCCAUAUUGUUUCAUCGCCUUUAUCGAACGCAUUAAGUCUUAAAUUUCAGAAUCAAUUGUAGUUGAUGCCUGGUGAUAUCUGCAACAACCCUUGUGCAAACAAAAAAAAAUAAGAUUUUAUUUUCGACGUGCCCAGUUUUUUAAUUGGAUAUACAUAUUGACUGCUGUGAGAAUUUCAAACCAAAUAAUUAAACACGUUAAUCGGUAAUUUAGUAUUAAUAAAACAUUAUUAGUAGGUAUAGUUUUGAAUAAGCCAUGUUGAAACUAGUACAAACUCGUUAUAUUAUUUUAUCAGCUCUCUAAUAGCUUCGCUGUUCAAAGUACUGUACUGAUUGUACUAAUUAUUUACAUUAAUUUUUGAUCUCACAAAAAACUUGUGCAAUCGAUUUGUACAUAUAGUUAAAACGCCAAAAGUUCUAUUAAACAUAAAAUAUUUAAAGAAUAAAAGUGCAAUUUCAUGCUGGCGCUCGAAUCUCGGUUCGAACGUUAAGUACGGUCACGGGUACGAACUAUACUAGAACGCCAUCUGAAAUACACGAAGGGUCGAAUAUCAAAGUUACACAUUGUCAAGUUUUUGACCGUAAAUUAUUAACACCAAACACACGCUAUUGUGGCCCUAAAAGUUUUGUUCGAUAUAAUUUAUGAUAUGAAAUAUUGGGGAAUAAUUGUAUUUUAGCUUACUAAUUUAUUCCUAAUAUUGUAUUGAAUUGUAUUUUCCAAAAAUUCCCAAAGUUAACUUGGUCUCUUAUGUGGUCAACUUAUAGAAGUUUUAUUCUAUUCAAAAGAAGCUACUACCAUAGAGUUACUAUUAAAGGUAGAGAUAACGAGGUAUAUCUCUCUAUAUCUUUAAUAUUAAAUAUGGCUAGUACACGUUGAAAUUAUUUUGAGUUGUGACCUUAUUAAAUUUAUGAUAAUUAUAAAUUAAUUAAAAUUAUAAAAUAGAAUAAUUAGAGACUUAAAAUCAAAAUAACUUAUUCACGAGAAUAUAUUGAUAAAAUGAGUAACUAAAUGAAUGCUUUAUAUUAAUUUUUUUUCCUGCGUUUAAUAUUUGACGCUGUAACUAUUUCAGACGGCGUUCUAUUCUAAUCUAGCGUCACCUCCAUUCAUCUAGUGCGUAUUAGACCACAACGCCAUCUGAAAUAUAUAUAUAGCGUCAAGCACAAAGUCUAAACAUUGUUCAAAUUUUCUACCGGGUAUCAUUAAUGUUUUUCUUUACAUAUUCGAGGACCAAUUAACCAUGUAAAUAUCUUGAUUUAACCCUUUCGGUCCCGAAUUUGAAAUUGUGAGAGAAAUUUUUUUCUGGUAUAGUUUACCUUUAUUGAGGUAAUUAAACAUAUAUAAGUUUAGCAAAAAUUGGUUCAUUUUUUUUAAUGUGAGGUCAACAUAAGUGACCAACAGGGUUUAAAAGUAAAAUCGCUAUCAGGGUAAUACAAAUAUACAUUUAUUUUACAUGGAAUAAUUUAAAACAAUUAUUUGCUGACGAUAUACAAAGAUUGACAUUAUAUUUUUCACCAUAAAAUCUAAAUCUAGAAGAACAAAACUUUUUUUAGAUCUCUGAAGUGUUUUAUCCUAGGCCAAUGAACCAUUCCAAAAAAAAAACGAUUAUCGGCUUGGGAUCAAUCUAGAUGAAGUCCCUUGUAUGAAAGGUUGAUAUUUUCCAAGCUUGGUUCUUGUGGUUGACGUCGGCUUUAGUUAAUGAUUCACAAAUACUUAUAGUAAAUAAAAGGCAUCUUUCUUUUUUGUUUAAAGUUGAUACUCCAACCAACUCUUUAUGAUAGCCAAUGACCCAAAAUGGAAAAUAACGCACAAAGUUCAUUUCUUUCAACGAAUUAAUACACAAUAUAAUACAAUUUUUUUUUUCGGAUGUAAACCAUUUUUAGCUGUAUUAUUGUCUUUCCAUUGGGUUAUAACAUCUUUAUUGCCAGUUACAAUUUUUUCAUGGCUCCUCUUUUUGUUUUUAUAUUGAAGAUUAGAGGCCAUUUACCACUUCUGUCUGUUCUAAUAGUAGCAGUAUACAAAAUUUUUCUACUUUUGGGUUUCCGUACGACACUAAUUGAAGAAAAAAAAUUAUGCACAUAUAACAAAUAGUUCAUAUAGUCUGGAAUUCGCUCUGACAAUUAAAGAACUAUUCCAACAGUUAUUCCAUCAUUUUGGUACUGUUCAUUGAUAGGUGUCGUUUUUCUUGAUAUAUUAGGAAAUUAUUAACAAGGCCGUAAUAGGGUUCCUACUCAACAGAUUAAGGCCAGAAGGUAGCCUACGCAGACGAUGUUGACCUUCUAAGCAGAAGGGAAAUAGAGCUUCGAGAGGUCUUCAAUGCGGAAUCUAAUCGAGCAGGGCCUCAGUGUAAAUGAAGCUAAAACGAGUAGCCGAGACCACACAGACACGGCAACGUUUAUGGUACUACACCUUCGAGCAUGUUGACAACUUCUAAUACAUUGGCUCUCUCAUAACUGAAAACAACAAGACUGCACUGGAGAUACAGGUGAUAGUGAAAGCUUGAAACAAAGCGUAUUACAGUGCCUAGUAGGUACUGAAAUCCCGCCUAUUCAUUAGGCGCAUAAAGGGGAGAAUUUACCGUGGCCAGUUAUCAUGUAUGCUUCUGAAACCUGGGCAAUGACUCUUAGAAACGAACUGAGACUCAAUUCGUGGGAGAGGAAAGUACUUCGGUGACUCUAUGGCCCAUUCAAGACCAAAGAUAGAAUAGCGCAUCCGCACUAACGCUGAGACUUGUAGAAGGCAAGAGUGCGAGACUAAGAUGGAACGGAUUUCGGAGGGUCGAGGAGUCAAACUUGCAUACCGGCAAAAGUCGGAAGACCGCAGACUACCAGGACAACCACGCAUAAGAUGACAGGAUGACGUAGAACAGGGCCUAAAAGAACUAGACGUCCGUAACUGGCGGAGAAAAAAACAUGUCCUAUUUAGUGGAAUUAUUUUUAAUAUAUUGUUCGAUGUUGAGAGUACCUUUGAAAGGUAUCAUCUCCUCGUCGAUGCAUAAAUUUGCUUGUAGCUCUAAGUCCCUACAACGAUCACGAACUACAUCCAAGAUUAACGUACCUUCCACAAUCUGUUAUCGUUAUUAGGUUUCUCGGUUAGAAAAUGCAAAUUAUUUCUUAAUGUUUUCGAAUCUAUUUCUUGAAAUAGUCUGAUCUAUUGACGGUAUACCUAUGUGGGAAUUCCAGUGAAGACGCAACCUAGGAAACUUCCCAUAAAAAUAUACAUAGACUUCCUAUUUCGUUAGCCGUGACGUUAACGCUGAUGAAAUUUUCUUUGAUGGAAACUAUAUUUUUAUUAUUUACCAUUAGUUCUUAAUGUUAUCUGGUAUAUAUUCUUUGAGAGGUAAAUAUGGAUCAGGUAAGUCAGUAGUCUCAUCUACUUCGUUUAUCACAUCUUGUGCUUCAAUAGGUGGACGGGUAUAAUCAGUUGCUUUCCAUUCAUACUUACUGGAUUUCUUAAUCGGCUUCUUCGCUUGUUUAUCGUUUUUCUUCCUGUUCUGCUUUCCGUUCUUAACUUGUUCUAUAACAUCUGAAUUUGCAUCUAUGUCAUAAUAUUCAUCUGCGUCUAUAUUAUACUCUUCAUCUGAUCUAUAUUAUACUCUUAAUCUGCAUUUAUGUCAUACUCUUCAUCUGUAGGUAUCUCAUACAAUUCAUCUGAAUCUAUAUCAUACACUUCAUCUGCUUUUAUGUCAUAGUCUUCAUCUGCAUCUAUGUCAUUCUCUGCAUCUGCUUAUGUUAUUCUGUAUUAGGAUCAUUCAUAUUGUUUUGAGUUUCACGUUGCCUAGUGUAAUGUUGAUAGUAAUCUAAUUCAUCUUCACUUUCUGACAACUCGACAUCAAAUUUAUCUCUCUAGCUCCUGAAGGACAUUUUCACUUUACUCUUACAACCCUUGUCGAUCAAGUGCCGAGUACGAUUCCUGUUUCUUUUUUUUUUGUAUUGACGGACUUAUGUAAUACAUUUCUGUACAGAGACCUAAUGUACAUAUUAGUGACCAUGUAAACAAAAUCCGUUCUUAGAGAAAGAUCUGCAAUAUUAUUUACUCGCCUGCAACUACCUCUUCCAUUUUGGCAAAUUGCUGUCAUUUCUAACAAAUAAAUUACUAAUUAACAUUAUUUUUUAAUAGAUGGUACUACGAGUCCGGUUUAUCAGUAUUUAAAAUCACGUAUUCUUAGAACACAACGGUGCAAAUUUGUCUUCCGUCUCUUGCUCCUGAAGGACAUUUGCACUUUUCUCUUACAACUCCUUCUCGACCAAAGGCCGAGUACGAUUCUAGUAUUUAGAUUAGUCAACGGUGCAAAUUUGGAUUCCCAGACAAUUAUGUUUAAGGGCAGUUUCACACCGAACGAAUCAGAAUCACUCCGAAUCAAUCAAUCUGAUUGACCAAGAUUCGGCUUCGAGCGCUCCGUUUAAAUGUGAAGGGACACUUUCCCCGCCUUCAGACCGGACGAAUCUGGUUCAAUCAGGUUUGAUUCGAGGUCGCACUCGAUUCAACCUGUCAGAUUCCUCGUCCGAUCAGUCUUGAAUCAACAACCAUACGAGAUGGACGUGGAGUUAUUAAUUUUAAAAGUUAAAGAAAAUAGUGAUAAAAAUCACAGCAACAGAAAUCUCAUAUCUUCUGUGUGGAGGAAAAUUGGCGAGGAAUUAAACAUUCCAGGUAAGAAUUAUUCAGCUGGAUUGAGCUGGUUUGAAAGAGUGGAGAUGAUGAAUCAGAUUCAACUUGAUUCGGAGUGAUCCAGAUUGAUUCGGAUUCGUUUGGUGUGAAAGGGGUCUAAAAAUUUAUAAUGGCUGCAUUUGUGAUCGUCACAGCCAAAAGGGUUGAAGAUAAGAUAUAUCUAUAAACGUUUUUUUUUGUAUUCUAACGAUAAUUUGUUAACUAAAAGUAGCUAAUUUUUUGCCUAAUAAUUACGAUUAGUUUGGUGAAUUUAUUCGUGACACUCAUUAAUCCACAUUUGAUAUUAAUCGCUUCCAGCCAUUAAUUUUAAGAUUAAAAUUUACAUUAUACAUGUGCUUGUUUAGAUGGAGUAUAAUAGAGGCUGUUUACAUUUGAUGGCGUUCUGGUCUAAUUGCAACGUCGUGACCGCAUUUGACACUUGAAUUCAGCGUCAACAUUAAACUGCACCAUAUUCCCUUAAGUGUACAGAUGUAAGAUGUUUUUAUUACAUUCAAUUAUUGGAGUUAGGUCAAAUGUUUUGGCACUGCGAACUAACUAAUGUAUUAAUUGUAGAAUGUGAGUUUUUUUGACGUUUUAUAGUUUGGUGUAAUAAACUAGGGUGUCUAGUAAAAAUUGAAAAUCAAAUUCCUGUCUUUCUCCCAAUUUUUCCAGGUUUAUUUUCACAUUUUCCCGGUUGAAAUUUCGUGAAUUUGCUACACUUUUAUGAUGAUUAAUAUUUAUUUUAGAAAAUUCUUGCUUCACUGCUGCAAAUUGUUUUUGAGAGAUUUUUUUCUUCUUUGUUUCCAGUUUUUCUAGUUUCAUUUUUUCAGUUUCCAGCAAACCUUGUGAUUAUUUUUAGUCCAUCAAUUUUUUGUAAAAUUAUAUUUUCUUCCAAAAUUUUCUUAUUGACAGAAAAUCCUCUUUGCUGUCGCAUUUCCGCGAAAAAUUAUUAAAAGAAGUUGCAACAUAUUUUUUAAAUUACUGUUUUCUAUAAUUUGCAUUCAAAAAUCAUCUAAUCUAUCACAUCUGGAAUAGUUUUUCAUUUUAUUUGUGGUUGCGUUGCAUCUGUGUAGUCAAUUGAUUUAGACAUCAGUUGCACGGAUUGUUCUGGAUCGUUGUCAGUCUUUUUGGGAUCAAAGAAACUUAUUGCUAUAGUAGUUAAUUUGAAUGCUAAGGGGCAUUUUUCGAAAAGUUUGAAAACAUUAUACAUUAAACAAUUUGUACAAUCCCUGCGAAAGACCAACAUGUCCCAAUGCAUCUUUUCGAAACUGCUCUCGCGGCAUACCCUAAAUCGAUUUCUUGCACUUUUUUGAGGUUGCAAAAUAAACCAUUGGCAUGUUCUAUGAAAAUGUCUAUUUUAAAAAUAGUAGUGCUUUGAAAAAUUUAGUCUGCAACCAAUCGCCUCAUUGAGUUAUUCAGAACCGAAUUUGGGUCUUCAUAAAGAAAUGGAGGCAAGCACAUCACACAUAUUUUUAAGGAAUGGCUCUAGUUCUUCGGAUAAGGACUGAAAGAAUGUUAUUGCAGCCAAUAGUAGUUUAUUAUCCAAAGACUUUUCCACGGUUUUAAAACUUUAACAUGAUGGAUUCUGAUUCGUGUUUUGCAGAGAAGAUAUGAGCGGAUAUAGUGAUUAAUUUUUUUCUCAAAGCAACCAGUAAUGAAUAAGAACAUUCCUCGUCUGGAAGGACUGUCUUUGAACAAAUUGUUACAUGCUCUGAAGUUAACCAACCACAGAUACCUGAGCUCGUAAGAGUGCAGUUACGAGGGAGGUUCAACAUAUUGGAAGGUUUUGGAGCUAUACCAACACCAAUUGCUAUGCCUGGCUGGUUCACUCAAAACUACUGAAAAUUCCCGUCUUUCCCGGUUUUCAAGGCUCCUAGACACCCUGUAAACUAUAUCAGUACUGGGAAAAUGCAUUUGCGCUAUCUUUGUGAGAUGACUCGAAACAUGCGUGCCACCUUUUUGAAUAAGAUUAUGACCAAUUAUACAAUCGAACUCCACAGAGCGUCAUCUAUUUGACAUACCGUAUUUAGUUAAUUAUAAAGCUCCAAUACGGUUGUAGAUUUGUAGUUACAGAAGUUAUAAUUAUGCAUAUGGUCAUGGUCCCAAUCAAGAUGGUAACUCCGAUGCCAAAGUCAUUUUACUAAAAGCUUUCCUAGUACUCAUAUAUUUAAGACGUACAUUGACAUUUCAACUUCUUUCACAAAACAAUUAUUACUUUGGAUGAACAAAGCACUUUGUCCAUAUCAUAUCAAAAUAUUUACAUUGAAUGAAUGGUCGUAUAUGUAAAGUAUUCGGUAUAUGCAAAAUAAUGAUUAUAAAAAUUAACUACUUUUGAGAAAUGUGAAAAACCGUUCCAGUUUGCCUUACAAAUCAGGGCGUAGAGUGAAAGUUUUUCUAAGAUAUUGUCCCCUCUUGUUUACAAUGUCAAGAUCAACAAUUUGCAAUAUUCAUUAAUCCAAAACUAAUAGUUAUAAACGCAUUGGAGCCGACACAGGCCCUUGCUCUUUGACUCUAUUUCCAUAACGCUCAUUAAUAUUAUAUAAUAAUUUCUUCCCAGUAUUUUGGAUUGAAUAAAACGUUGAAAAAUCAAGGAUUGUAAUUGAUAGUAUUCUAAAAUACCCAAAGUUUUUGUAAUGAAUAAAUUGUUUCAACUAA